GUGACAGUUUUAAUGCGACACUCAAACAGUUCGAGCACCUCGCGGUAAAAUGUUUCGCUUUGUUUCCAUUAUUUUGCUGAAUUACAUUUUAUUUUUGCAAAUCCGACUUGGCUUCAGUGAAUAUAAUGACAAAAGUACAGUGUGCGAUUGCAAAUGCAAUUGUGUUGUGCAAUUAGAAGUCGUUAAUGAUGAUCUCGAAGAUUUGCGAAAUAGUAAAUGUUCAAACAAACAGUUACUUGCAAAUCGAGCGUCAAAACCAUCCAGUUGUACGGAAGCAGCUUUUGGUUCGAAGAGCGGUAUCUACAAGAUUAAGGUCGAAAAGUUGAAUAUCACCGACUUGGCGGUGUUUUGUGAAGAGGACGUGGAUUCCGGAGGAUGGUUAGUCAUUCAAAGACGUCAAAGUAGCUCCGUGAAUUUUACUAGAAAUUGGCAUGACUAUAAGGAGGGAUUCGGCGACUUAACAGGGAACUAUUGGAUCGGUUUGGAAAAAUUAUACGCGCUCACUAGCAACUUUGAACAUGAGUUAUAUAUUCAAAUGAGAAGGCGCAAUGGCCAAGCAUACUAUGCAAAAUAUUCUCAGAUUCUUAUUGGCAACGAAUCGGAGGACUAUAUCCUGAAGAAAUUAAGUGAUUACAGCGGAAAUGCUGGUGAUUCCUUAAGUCGUCAUUUGGGAAUCAAAUUCUCAACAUAUGAUCGUGAUAAUGAUAUUGAUGACGAGAGGAAUUGUGCAUUGGAUUUUAAAGGCGGUUGGUGGUUUUACGGUUGUUAUGCAAGUCAUCUAAAUGGACUUUAUGGAGAUGAUCGUGCCGGUGUGAACUGGCGUACUAUAGAAGAAAAUGAAUGUUUAUCAUUUUCGCAAAUGAUGAUACGACCAACCCAAAGUUUCUGGAGGCAAUUAAUGUUAAGUUAAUAAGUUAAUGUUGUCUAAGAAAUAUUUAAUUUUAACGCUUUGUGUUAAGGUUUCUGUUAAGCAAUAAUGUUCUUAUUUACAUAAUCUUGAGAAUUGAUACUCCAAUAUACUUGUAUUCAAAUGCGCCGAAAUUGUGAUAAAAUGUUACGGACUUUUUAAUAUAUAAACAUCGAUUAAUUUGUGAGAUAUUUUGAUGAAAAUACUUUUCCUACUAUAAAUAUAAGCCUUUUCAAACUUCCGGUUUUAUAUCAUAAAUGUCGAUAAUAUAUAAGAUUAUUUGUGAACGUAUAUACUUAGAUAGAUCAGCCCUAUAGUCUGGCGGUAAAUUGGAUGUAAUCAAUCCACGAGUUACCUCAGCCCCCAUAUACUAUAUAUGAUAAUUUUCGAUGUUCUAGUGAACAAAUCCUUACUUGUUUUGUAAAUCCACUCGAAUCUUGCUCCAUCCUUACUUAUUUCGAACGUAUUUAUCAAUGUUGCCGUUUAUUAUUUUGAAACCAUUUGCAGACUACUGAUUUUAUAUAUCGAAUUGUUUUAUGGAAAUGUAUCACAAUUCUUUUUUUUUUUUUUACUGACACUAUAUUUUUUUUUGUUAGUUUUAAUAUAUACAGACACAAUAAAAUGUUUUGUUUGCACUGUGUAUUGAUGUA